CCCAGUGGCAUCUGCGCUUGGGAGUCACCCAGAGAGAGCGGCUGUCCCCAGAGCGGAGACGUUCUGGAUCUCGCCCGUAAGGCCGCCUGUCUCUCCUGGCGUUUGGCACACCUGAGGCGUAAAGGGAUGCGAGGUGCAUGGUGACAGCAUCGCAGCAAUGAGUGGAAUUUUAAAGAGGAAGUUUGAAGAAGUUGGUGGAACCUCACCCUGCUCAUGUGUGUGGGAAUCAGAUGAUGAUGUUUCUAGCAGUGAAAGUGCUGACAGUGGAAGUAAUGUCCAUCCAUCUGCUUCUAAUCAUUUUACUCGUACAUGUGACAGCAUUGCAGCAAUGAGUGGGAUUUUAAAGAGGAAGUUUGAAGAAGUAGAUGGCUCCUCACCUUGUUCCUCUGUGAGGGAAUCAGAUGAUGACAUUUCCAGCAGUGAAAGUGCUGACAGUGGUGAUAGUGUCAAUCCGUCCACUUCGAAUCAUUUUACCCCAUCUUCAAUCCUGAAGAGAGAGAAGCGGAAGAGAACAAAGAAUGUCCACUUUAACUGUGUUACUGUCUAUUACUUCACAAGAAGGCAAGGCUUCACCAGCGUUCCCAGCCAAGGAGGAAGCACGCUGGGAAUGUCCACUCGCCACAACAGUGUGCGCCAGUACACCCUGGGGGAGUUUGCCAUGGAACAGGAGAGGCUCCACCGAGAGAUGUUGAGAGAGCAUCUAAGGGAGGAAAAACUCAAUUCUCUGAAGUUAAAGAUGACAAAGAACGGUACGGUGGAAUCUGAGGAAGCCAAUACACUGACUCUGGAUGACAUUUCUGAUGAUGAUAUUGAUCUGGACAACACUGAAGUAGAUGAGUACUUCUUUCUCCAACCCCUGCCUACAAAAAAGCGGCGGGCACUGCUGCGAGCUUCUGGAGUGAAGAAGAUCGACGUGGAAGAAAAGCACGAGCUGCGAGCCAUCCGCCUGUCCAGGGAGGAUUGUGGCUGUGACUGCCGUGUCUUCUGUGACCCAGAAACUUGCACCUGCAGUCUUGCAGGCAUAAAAUGUCAGGUGGAUCGUAUGUCUUUUCCAUGUGGUUGCACUAAAGAAGGGUGUAGCAAUACAGCAGGUAGAAUCGAAUUUAACCCUAUCCGUGUACGGACUCACUUUUUGCACACAAUAAUGAAACUUGAAUUGGAGAAAAAUAGAGAGCAGCAAGUUCCAGCACUCAAUGGCUGUCACACUGAGAUAAGUGCACACAGUAGUUCCAUGAGUCCAGGACCCCAUCCAGUUGAAUAUUCGAUUGCAGAAAAUUUUGAGAUUGAAACCGAACCCCCGGCUACAGUUAUGCAUUCCCAGUCAGCCGAGGACUUGGACUGCCCAGGGGAAGAGGAGGAAGAGGAAGAUGGGAGUAGCUUUUGUAGUGGAGUUACAGAUUCUAGUACACAGAGUUUAGCCCCUAGUGAAUCAGAUGAUGACGAAGAGGAAGAGGAAGAUGAGGAGGAAGAUGAGGAGGAAGAAAAAGCAGAUGAUUUUGUAGAAAGUAUGAGUUCCCAUGCUGAUAUGGUGCCUCUUCCUUCUGUCCUUUGCUACUCUGAUGGAACUGCUGUGCAUGAAAACCACUCUAAAAAUGCCUCAUACUAUACUAACUCUUCAACUCUGUAUUACCAAAUAGAGAACCACGUUGCUGGCACUGCUAACCAGAUCGGUGAGACUUACUCAGAAAGGGAUGCUGUCAAGAAUGGUAGUCUUUCUCUGGUGCCUUACAACAUGACUUCAGAACAGUUUGUUGACUACACACGGCCAUCAGAGGAAACUUUUAGCAGCCCUCAUUACCCUUCUGCAAACCCCUCAGUGAUUGUUUGCUGCUCAUCUUCUGAAGGGGAUGGCAGUGCUCCCUGUAACAGCUUAUACACUGAGCAUAGGCCGAGUCACCCACCAGUGGAAUUUCACUCAUACUUGAAAGGUCCUUCUCAAGAUGGCUUUGUCUCAGCUUUGAAUGGUGACAGUCAUGUGCAGGAACACCCUGCUGAGAAUUCACUAAACCUCCCAGAGAAGAGCAGACUGCACGAAGAGUGCAUCAAAUCACCAGUGGUAGAGACGGUGCCUGUUUAAAAUCAAAUUAUUCUAGGACUGACUUCCUGUGCUAAAAUUCACUCCCAUUGGAUUUUCCUAGAAACUUACUUUUUUAAGAGGUAGACAAUACUUGGACUAUAGUCAAUGUUCCAGACACAUUUUGUUUUCUCAAGCUACACUGGCAGUGGUAUUGCACAAAACCUGUUCAUGUAAAAAUUUAAAUAAAAAUAAUCAAACCCUUUUUUGGAUAAAAAUAAAACAGAUAAGUAAAAAUCACACCCAACAUAUUUCAAAGUAGCCUACCUAUGAACAUAUGUGAAACCUGCCAAGCUAUCUGAAUCAAAACUUCAUGUCGGGCCUGUGCAAGAUUGUUAAAAAUGAUACUUUGAAAUAAUCAUGUUUAGAGUCCUAAUUUUCAACAUAUCUGAAAAGAUGGUAAGUUUAAUGUAAAAAUAACUACUGUACAAAAAAAAAAAGUUUUAAUUGUCCUGUACUGUUUGUAUUUUAUUUAUGGUAGUUAAAGAUUCAUGUUUUGAUAAAAAUGAACAGCAUGUUCAUUUGAGCAGAAGAUCCAUAGUUACUUACAAAGAGCAUGUCCACUUUUCAUCUGGAGUACCUUGUAUUCUUCCUUAUUUUUUCCUAAUACUAUUUCUGAUAAAUCAUCUUGAAACACA